CGGAACGCAUCUCACCCCUAUAUUAUUUGCUACAUAUUUUGCUCGUUUUCUUUCUGUUUUUUACUCUAUAAAUAAACAUUAAACACUUCGAAUAGUCCUAUAAAUAACUCGAGUAAUUGUGCGUUCAGCCUAGUAUCAGUAUAUAACUCAACUUCGUGUAGUAACCGGCGAAAUGCGAUAUUUUUUAUUAACGAUAGUCUUCAGUUCUGUGCUUGCGUUUGAAAAAGAUGUUACAUUCACAGUUCAGCCUGGCCACACGGACUGUUUCUUUCAGAAAGUUAUGCCCAAUGAAGUUAUCGACAUCGAAUAUCAGGUGAUAGAUGCGACACAUGGCGAGCUGGACAUCUCGUUCCAACUGGCCGACGCGGUCGGUCGGGUGCUGGUGGCGGACUAUAAGAAACCCGAGAAUAGUCACCGACACACCGCCACUAUGGAGGGAGACUAUAGAUUCUGCUUCGAUAACAGUUUCAGCACGUUUAGUACAAAGACUGUGUUUUUCGAUCUGAUGACGACGAGCGACGAUGCGCCCGAGCCUGACUAUGACGAGGAUAAGGAGAUGGAACUCGGAAACUCUCUGGAGUCGUACAUAAUGAAAGUUCGCGACAUCUCUGAGUCCAUAACGCGCGUCAAAGACAACGUGGGCGCGGCGCGGAGGUUACAGGAAGCACAUUCGGCGCGGGAAGCGAGGGAUAGAAAUCUAGCUGAAGAAAUGAACGCCAGAGUAAUGGCGUGGUCAAUGUGGCAAAUCGUGCUCAUGAUCGGAGUGGGCAUCACGCAAGUAAUUUUCGUGCGGAGUUUAUUCGAAGACAAACAAAGUAGCUUCAGGAAGUUCAUCCCCAGCUUCAGCUCGCAAUGACACUAGUCACAACUCGCCCCAGUGCGUCACAACUAGCCCCGGUGCGUCACAACUCGCCCCGGUGCGUCACAACUCGCCCCAGUGCGUCACAACUCGCCCCGUACGUAAUAACUCGCCCCGGUGCGUCACAACAUACUCCGUGCACUGCGUCACAACACAUGGCAUAAUAACAACAUUAGUGAAAAUUCAUCCGAAAAAUACAUUUUUUUUUUCAAGUGAAUUAAUUUAGUUUAAAACCUUGUUUUGUUCUAUUAUACUAUGCAUACUCGUCGUAAUAUGUAUACUCCAGUGAAAAUCAUUAUGAUUUUUUGGUUGCCAUAGCAAACAUUGUGAUAAACAACAAAUUUUAAAGAAUGCGCACAAAAAUGGUUUACAAUUAACAAAUUUAGCACGGGUCUGUUGUUUCCCAUAAAGUUUUAAGUCAUAAUGUAUUGUUUGUCCGAAUUUUUGUUAGUCAUAAUUAGGUUUUUCUCAGUAACGCGUAACUUCAGGAUUGCCAUAAAACAAACCUAACCUGUCUACAGGAUAACCUUACGAGAAUCCUGAAAUGUUAACGGUUUCAGAAUUAUGACUGAUGAAAAUCUGACAAUCAGUACAUUAAGACUUUCAAUAAUUGGGGCAUUUUCUAUGAAAAGGGACCUUAUUGUCGAUGGCG